ACGCAUUUGCUGGUAUCCCGUGCUCAUAGGUCACAGUACCAUAUCUAUUUCGGACGGCUUAUCUCAAUGUGAGUUCUCCAGUCUUCGGGAAGCCAUACUGGAGGUAUUUAUCUUCCUACAUUCACAGCCGCCCAAAGCACUUUCUUCUCCCGUACCAUCUAGUGAGAAAUGCCCAGUUUAACCCUGCCAGAGUGCGGACGCUACAUCCCGCCUCCAGAAACUAAGGAGGACCUGGAAUUUGCAGACCUAACUAUCAUUGACCUUUCCAAGGCCCAUACACCAGAAGGACGAGCAGAGCUCUACCCGCAACUGCGAGAUGCACUGCGCACUCAUGGCUUCGUCUACGCUAUCAAUCAUGGUUAUACUCAGGCUCAGCGUGACAGGAUCUUUGAUAUAGCCGGUGUUCCUUUCGCCGAUGUCUCUCCGGAUGAAAAGAAGAUAUACACUGCGGAUGUUGAGAAAGUCGGGUAUUAUGCCGGUUAUAAAGCUCGUCAAUUUUGGAAAGUCGACACGGAUAAUCAAAUUCUCGACCAGAUCGAACACUAUGCAAUAAACAUGAAUGUCACAAAGCGUCCGCACCCCUUGGCCUUGCGUCCGUUCCUUCCGGAGCUCGAUGCGUUCGCAAGUCACAAUCACUUCAACAUUCUCCACCCGAUUCUUCGCUUGAUUGCGCUAAGCCUCGGGUUGCCCGCCGAGACUUUGGUGGAUAAGCACGACUUUGACCGCACGGGAGAAACGUCUGUCAGAUUCAUGAAAUACUAUAGGCGCUCGAAGGAUGAAGAAGAGAAAUCGAAGAAUGUCUGGUUGAAGGGACACACAGACAUUGGCAGCAUAACCAUUCUGUGGAGCCAGCCUAUUGGAGGGCUGCAAAUUCUGGCUCCUGACGGGAGAUGGAAAUGGGUCCGCCACAUUGACAACAGUUUGGUCAUCAACACAGGUGACAUGAUGAACUUCUUCACCGGAGGAUACUACAAGCCCACAAUCCACCGUGUCGUUCAACCUCCCGAGGACCAGCGCAACUACGACCGUCUGGGUGUAUACUACUUUGCGAUGCCAGACAACGACUGUACUGCAGCAGCGUUGGUAUUGAGCGCCAGUGCCCUGAUGAGGAUUCUCCGUCCUGCGAGGCGUGGAGGAAGGGAAGGACGACGACGUAUGGCAGGUCCUGAUCUUAAGAAGGGAGUGGAACACAAUGUCGAAGAAGAGGUCGUUGAGGGUAUUGUGGUGAAGCACUACAACUGA